AAAAUAAGAAAAUUAAGAAUACCAUCUUUAAUUUUGUCUCCCUAAAGGAUUAAUUAUCAUGGUCUGGCUAACGAACUGCAUCUUCUCAAUCCUGAACGUCAUGAUGAUGAUGUUCGGCAUCGGCACCAUGGCGACGGCGGGGAUAAUGCAGGUGGCCGGAAGCAAUUCGGACUGCCAGAAAUCGUUGCAGAGCCCGUUGCUGAUAAUGGGCUGCUUCCUGUUCUUCAUCUCGUUGAUGGGCCUGAUCGGCACCUGCUGCAGGAUGAGAGCGGUGCUGUGGAUCUACUCCUUCUUGACGUUUCUCAUGAUACUGGCCGCCUUGGCUUUCGUCGUGUUUGCCCUCGUCGUCACCAAUUCCGCCGCCGGGAAGGCACUCACCGGCGUCGGGUACGAGGAGUACCGGCUGCGGGACUACUCCGAUUGGCUCCGGGAUCAUUUCGUCAGCGGGAAGCGGUGGAGCAAGGUCAAGAGUUGCAUGGCCGACGCCGAUGUUUGUGGGGGCUCCAUGCUUGAUCCUCAUGAAUCCAAGUCUUGGACCAUUUUGCAGGGUAGCUGCUGCAAGCCACCAGAGGAGUGCGGGUUCGUCAAAUCGAGCAACAAGAAGGCGAUGUGGGUGAUGCCGGCGCGGUCAUCGACCAAGGACGCGGACUGCGCCGCAUGGAGCAACGAUCCCAGCAAAAAGUGCUUCGACUGCAGCUCCUGCAAAGCCGGCGUGCUGGAAGACGUCAGGAAAGAAUGGAGGACGCUGGCUAUCAUCAACCUCUGUCUUCUUCUGCUCUUUGUCCUCAUUUACUCUGUUAGUUGCUGCGCCAGGAGAGGGAUCAACCCUUACUGUACUAAGAACUACAAAGGGUAUUACUACCCUUGAUUGAGUU